ACAGUCCCGGAGGCAUUGAGCGGCACAAACACCGGGGUAUUCAUCGGCAUUUGUGUGAAUGAAGAGUUGCACGCCUGUCGAGACGCCCCACAAUUGCCGGCGUAUAAAAACUUUAUGUCCCAAACGGUGGCCAACAAAUUCAAUUUGAAGGGACCGACCCUUUCGGCGGACACUUAUUGCAAUUCCAGUUUCAUUGCCCUAAACGAGGCCUAUCUGGCCAUCAAAUACGGCCGAUGCGACGCCGCCCUCUGCAUAGGCGUCAACAUAGCGUUUAAUCCCAAUAGUUAUUACAAUUUUUUCCGACUUAAUAUGAUAUCACCGGACAGUAAGUGCAUGUGUUUGGACGAGAGGGCCAACGGGUACGCGAAGGGCGAAGCGGUGGUCACCGUAUUCUUGCAGCGCAGGUCACGGGCCCGGAGAGUGUACGCCACUAUCGUUAACAUCGUCACCAAUAACGACGGCUACAAGUCUGAAGGGAUCACAUUCCCGAGUUGGCACAGACAGCGUGCGGUCAUCGCCAGGACGUACGCCGAGUGCCGCAUAGAUCCGACCCGUGUUGACUACGUGGAGGCCCAUUGCACCGGCACUAAAGCCGGCGAUCCCGUAGAGAUGCGGGCCAUCUAUUACGCGAUAGCGGCCACAGACGCGAGAGAGAAGCCGUUACUGAUUGGGGCCCUAAAGUCCAACACCGGCCACACGGAGGGGGCGUCGGGUCUGUGCGCCGUCACUAAAGUAAUACUCGCCUUUGAGAACGAGUUAAUCCCAGCGAACCUACACUUCAAUAGAGCCAACCCAGCGAUCGAGUCGCUAAUCGAGGGUCACAUUCAGCCCAUUAACGAGAAUACCGUGUUUUCGGGCGAUUUGGUCGGACUCAACAACUUUGGGUUCGGCGGCUCUAACACACACCUCAUACUCAGGUCGCCAAAGAUUAGGGCACAGGCGGGCAAUGACCACAUCGUUGGCCACCGGUAUCCGCGUUUAGUGCACGUGUGCGGCCGCAGUGAGGGGGCGGUCAACUAUUUCUUUGGCAAACUGUUUGAAAAGCCGACAAAAAUUAGCAGAGAUUUACUGCAUUUGAUUAACGAAUUGUCAAAGAGUUCGCCCCACGAGACGGGCACCGGGUGUCGGCCCAUGAGAUACCGCGGCUUUACGCUAAUCGGCGCCAACUCUAGUGUCCAAACCGGACUGACUUUCACACCGAUUCAGGUCAACAAAGUGGCCAAAACGAGACGACAAUUGUGUUUCUUAUUUCCAGGAAUUGGCUCUCAAUUUGAUAAACAACUCAUGAGUUUCGAUAUGGUGUGCGCGUAUGCGGACGACUGUCUCACCGCUCGGGAAACACUUUUGGUUGCCUAUUAUUGCGGGAAAUUCAUCGACAAAAUGUCCGCCAAGAAGGGCCUAAAUAUCACGUUCAACGGUCCGAACGCCACUAAUAUAGGCCACUGUUUGGGUGAGUAUUACGAUGAAGUGCUGACCACUGGUCGCGACACAAACCCAUACAUCGAGACAUUGGUUCGUAAGUUAGAUUCGGUCAUCGGAUGUGAUCGACAAAAGUCCUCCAAAUGGAUCACUAAUACCAACGAUUAUAACUGCAAUUAUAUUAACGGCAAAUACUUUGUCGAUUGCCUACUAUUGCCGGCGAUGUUAAAUAAUAGGCUCACUAAUUGUGUGCCCAACGGGUCGGUGAUUGUCGACUUGUGUUCAUACACUCUACUGGCAAAUGAGAGCAUGAGUUUGAACUCAAAUUAUACAUACAUUCCUCUAAUGAAACGAAUGGAUGACAAUUGCGAGUCAUUAUUGUUGACCGGUUUGGGCCGUCUCUAUACGCACGGCUUUAAUGUCAGUAUAGAAACACUUUAUCCCGCAGUUGGGGGUCCGGUAUCGACGGGCACACGAAUGCUGUCGCCAUUCAUCCAAUGGAAUCACACAAAAUCGUACCGUGAGAUCAAAUUUCCCGAGUAUUUUAAUUUCUUUCAAAGUCGUUCGAGUGAGUCCUAUACCAUCGACUUUACGGAUGUGAACGAUCAGUACAUUCUUGACCACUGUAUUGAUGGCACAGUCCUAUUCCCGGGCACCGGGUAUCUGAUGCUCGCGUGGCGUUCAUUGGCUUUUCACAAACAAAUCUCAUACAAGGAGUUUGCGGUGGAGUUCCGUGACGUACAGCUAUUACGGGUCACACCCGUGACGGCCGACAGGAAAGUGACAUUUACUGUGAAUGUGGACAGAAGUACCCAUCGUUUCCAUAUCAUCGAAAGCGGAUCAAUUGUGGUGAGCGGCACCGUUAGGGAGAUUACCGGCGAUCAACCGCUGCGAUACACGUCUGUAUUGAAUGAAAUACAAGCGAUGGCCGACACGAGCGAUGAAACGCCCAUUUGGUUGCAAAGUAAAGACGUGUACAAAGUGUUGAGAACUCGGGGCUAUAAUUACGGCCCGACGGUGACGGCGGGACUGGAGAUGCGUGGAGUGCGGACCAGUGCUCUGCACAGGAAUGUCAAGUCACAAAAGCCGGCGCUCAGGCGCUAUGAGUUUGCGGCGUUUGACGAGUGCUCAGCCAUAAAUACAAUCACCGAUACUAUUAGUGGCGGGCAAUCAAUUGGUGACAUAAACAUGGAUUUACAAAAACAAAUAUUAAACGAAUCGCAGUUGGAUAAAGACAUGUGGUGUUUAUCAUGUGGUGAGCGAAACUUUCUUCGCUCUCAACUCACAAUAUUUGCUGAAAAUCUCAACGAAUUGAGUGGUAAUCGCGUGAAUAUUGUGGAAGUGAAUGCGGGCUCAGCGCCAAUGUAUGGCACAGUUAUGUCGGCGAUAGAUAUAUUGCAGUACAGUCUCGACGUUAACUUCGUAUUCAUUGGCAGUACUAUUGGCUUCAAAGAAGAGGACAAAAACUUGUAUUCAAACACUUAUACUCUCAACGAUUCACGUCUGGGAUGUGAUGUGAAUGACAACAGUAUUGAUUUGAUUGUCUAUAAGGAUCAAAGUCUAUGCAAUUUAACAGCCAAUGAGACCCAAAACGUAGACAUAAAUGCUCAAUUGAGUUGUUGUGCCGCAAAACACACGCGGAAUCAGUUGGCGCUCAAACCGUACGACCAGAUGGCCAGCAGUGCGGACGAGACGGUCAUGAAUGCCGUCAAUAGUGUGGGCUUUCGUUUGGUUUCGCGCAAUACCGACAGCUGUUCCGUUCACUCCCUGUUGUAUCGCAAGAUAAUCAGCGAACCAUCCAUUGAGAGACAGAUAUUCAUUGAAUUUACCAACAAUUAUAACAAAUGGUUGCAUAGUUUUCAACACGAGUUCAGUAGUAUUGGCGACAAACCCGUGGACCAGAGUAUAUGGUUAGUGGCCAACGGGUCGGCUGAGGGUCUGUUGGGUUUCAUCAAAUGCGUACGAACGGAGCCGAACGGGCAUCGGGUCCGAGCGCUGCAAAUAAUGGACACAAAUAACGCCGAUUGUAUAGUAUUGGACAAAACUAAUACCAUGUUAAACGAUGUUAUCAAAAAUAAUUUGGCCAUAAAUGUGUUAAGAGAUGGCAAAGUCGGUCAUUACGUGCUCAAUGAGCUGCCGGAACGGCGCCAGACUGUGGACAGUGAACACUGUUUUCUCAAUCAGCAAAACAGAGGCGACUUGUCUUCGUUUCAAUGGUUUGAAUGUCAGCACAAGUAUUGGCCGCUAAACCGAAAGAGCGGCGAAAAGUUGGUUAAUAUCUACUAUUCGGCCCUUAAUUUCAGAGAUAUAAUGUUAGCGACGGGUCGACUUCAAUUGACAGCUCCGGACGGAGAGACCGAAUGCCUGAUUGGGUCGGAAUUUGCGGGAAGGGAUGAGAACCGGAAUCGAGUGAUGGGAAUGGUUUUGUCCAAAGCGUUGGCCACCACUUGUGUCGUCAAAAAAACGCACUUUUUGUGGCCGAUUCCCGACCACUGGUCGAUGGAAGAGGCGGCUACUGUUCCCUGCGUU